AUGUUGCUGGCGCUUGCUCUUGCUAUCCCGCUGCUGCUGCUGGCGGACGCGUUUCCUCCGGAUCCAGCUUUUUGCGACGACUCUGGAGAUUGUUUCAUCACCAAUGCAGUUUCUCAGAUCGUGUAUCCAUCCAACGAGGAGGAGCUCCUGGAAGCCGUGGGCUAUGGAGCCAAGAACAAGCUCAAGAUGAAAGCCGUGACCAAGUCUAGUCACAGCCUUCCUCCACUGGCAUGCCCAGGAGAUGGCGCCGCCGCUGGCCUCCUCGCCAUUAGCACCGCCAACUACAGCCGCGGGAUUGCCGUGGACGUGGCGUCCAAGGCGGUGGAAGUGGAUGGCGGCGCGCAGCUCCAGGCGGUGCUCGACGAGGCCGCGCGGCAUGGCCUGGCACUGGCGGCGUCUCCCUAUUGGAAUAGCCUCUCCGUCGCUGGAAUCCUCAGCACUGGAUCCCAUGGGAGCUCCUGGCGUGGCAAAGGAGGAGCUCUCCAUGAUCACGUCCUCAAGCUUCGCAUGGUGGUACCGUCCGGGAAGAAUUCCUCCUCUUCUUCCUCACACAACGAAUUUGCGAAGAUCGUCACUCUCACCCCCGGCGAUGGCGAUCUCUUCUACGCCGCGAUCGUCUCACUUGGAACGAUGGGAGUCAUCUCAAAGGUGACGCUGGAGCUGGAGCCCAUGUUUAAGCGAUCGAUCACCAACGUGAGAACCUCCGACGUGGGCCUGGAAGACAAGAUCGUGGCGUUUGGGAACGAGCACAAAUUCGGCGACGUGAUCUGGUACCCGUCCAAGCGAGAGGCCGUCUACCGGAUCGACGAUCGCGUCCUUGUCGACAUACCCGGCGAUGGAGUCAAUGAUUUCAUCGGCUUCCAGCCCACAUUGGCGCCUGCCAUCGUCGCCCAAAGAGCUCUCGAGGAGACGCUGGAGGCGACGCGAUCCUCCAUUGGCAAGUGCAGCGCAUCACAGACACAAGUAUCGCUACUCCAAAGCCUGGGCUACGGCCUCAAGAACACACGUAGCCUAGGGCUCUUCACGGGCUACCCAGUGGUGGGAUUCCAGCACAAAAUCCAGACCGCCGGUGGCUGCCAAGAUUCCGCGUCGAGGCUGCUCAUCUGUGGCUGGGAUUCCGCCAAGAAUGCGCUCUUCUACCUCGAAUCAGGCAUCAGAAUCCCAGCCCAGAGCAUCGCGGCCUUCAUCGCGGACGUGAAGCAUCUGAGAGAUUCCCACCCAGAUGCCGGGGCCUUGUGCGGGAUCGACCUCUACACUGGUGUCGUUUUGCGCUACGUGGCCGCAUCGCGGGCGUUGCUCGGCAAGCCAUUCGACGGGGUGGAUGUGGGACUUACGUACUACCGGUCACGAAAUGGGAGUGUCCCGCGGCUCAACAUGGACCUGUGGCAAGAGGUGGAACAGAAGGCCAUUUCUAAGUACGGAGGCGUUCCUCACUGGGGGAAAAACACACCGGUCACCUUCUCGAAUCUUGGGACUGGCAGCUCUCCAGUGCUGGAGAGAUUUGUGGGAGCGAUGAGGAGCAGCACCUGGAGCGAUCGACUUCUUGGCAUCCAAGCUUUUGGAACUGUAAUGGCAGCUGGGUGUGCAUUAGAGGGUUUGUGCAUUUGUGCAAGGGAUGAGCACUGCGCACCAGAAAAAAGUUAUUACUGUCGGCCAGGGAGAGUUUUCACAGCUGCUAGGGUGUGCAGAUAUGAAAAUGCUUGA